UUAGGAAAAAAAUAUGAAAAAGAUGGCGUCUUUUAUCUAGUAAUAAUAUUGUUAUUAUUUUUGUGUUACGAUGGCUUCUACAAGCAGCCAGGAUGCCUCUGAAGUUCCUAAUGAUGAACUUGAAGAACUGAAAAUGUUGGUUUGGGGUAAUGCCCUGACAGAUGAAGUAUUUAAGCGUUGGUGUCAAGGGUUUGUGUUUAGUCCUUAUGAACCAUCAGCCUUGCUGCAACAUGAGGGUGGACCAUGUGCUGUCUUAGCACCAUUACAAGCAUACGUUUUAAAGAAUUUACUAUCAACGGGUGAUAUUUGGAGAGAUCUUGAUGAUAAUCAAGCUAAGGAUGUGCUGUUGACAGCAAUAGAAGAGGUGUUCCUUUGUGUUUCAAAUCCUCCUUUCAAAUUAGUCUUAGAAUCAGAUAAACAGCCAGUGAUUGCAGACAUGGUUGAGAAUGAAGAAGUAGAUCAAUCUGAUCAUGCUAGAUUUCACAAGACCUUAAGAGUUCUUACAUUGGAAACAGCAGCAGAACUUCACCAAGCUUUACAUUCAGCAUACGACAUUUAUGUAGGACAAUAUGGAGUCGUUCUUUUUCUCUACUCCCUUCUAAUGACAAAGGGAAUUGCAAAUGUUAAGAAUGAAAUGGAAGAUGCGAAUGAACCAUUAGUUGAUGGAAUUUACGGGCAUGGCAGUCAAAGCCUCGUUAACCUGAUGUUAACCGGUAAUGCCGUGUCUCAUGUCUUUGAUAACGAGAAGGAAGUUGAUGGUUUGAAAAUGCGAGGUAUUACUGCUCAGCCUAGUUCAGGCUUCCUCACAAUGCUAGAACAUUUUCGUUAUUGUGAAGUUGGUUGGUAUCUCAAGAACCCAACUCAUCCUAUAUGGGUUCUGGGGAGUGAAACUCACCUAACUGUAUUUUUUACCAAGGAAAUGUCAUUAGUAGCACCAGAAUCAAAGUGGGAACGCGCUAGGCGUGUGUUUUGUCAAUACGAUACGCAGGAUAGUGGUUUCAUACAGAAGAUUCUACUGCAAGACGUUCUUCAGGUUCUACAACUGGUUACCAUUCCUGAAUAUGUUGAUAUUAUUAAGCAGAAGUUAGAUCCUGAUGAUUAUGGUAUAAUUCUCCUCAGUAGCUUUAUGAACGAGUUCUUUCCAGAUGAGCCUGAUAGGUUGAUCCCUGUGAAUUUUCCUGUUUACCAUUACAACGGCCUUAUACGAUCAUGUCCAGAGUCUAAGGUGAAGUAUAUAGAGGGCGUUGCUGAAGUGCCCGAUCCUCAGGACAUUCAAGGCCUUACGGAUGCCUCCCCGGUAGAAUCUUGUCUUCGAACCAAAUGGCCUACGUUCAUGGUAAAUUGGGAGAACAACCUUCAACCAUCCACCAAUUGAAACUGAAACACCAAAAAAAAAACAGCGACAUUUCUGGGACGAAAGAUCCGUCAUCCCAUGCAUCUGGUCGUUAAUAUAGUCAAUGCAAUAACAAAUUCCAUUGAGGAACCUCAUCAAGUUGUCAUUUGAUGUUUUUGAGUUUUAAGUGCCUCUUGGUAAUAAGCUCACUUCCAGCUUCUCGCACAAAAUGGUGUCCAUUACGUGGAUUACGUCAUGUUAAGCUUUGUCCAUUCUGUUAAGUGACAAAUAUAAAUAAUUAGUUUUUUAUAUGGGCAUGUUGAUGUCAUAUCAUACUCAUAUAUGGGCAAAUGCCAUGCUGGUGUCACAUAAAGUAUAGGCUGAGAUUUAGUUUUAAUAUUUUCAUACACUAUACUCAAGUAGGUGAUGAUGUGUGUUUGACAAAAGAAAUUGUUUUGUUUGUUAAUUGUGCCCACCUUUGUGUGUCCCCAUUCUGAUGUACACAUUAACCGAGAUGACAUACUGAUUGUCUCAGAAAUAAUUUUGAAUGACUAAAUUAUUCUCAAACUAUUGUAUAACUUCUAAUAUAUAAAAAUGUUAAAUUUCACUCAGAGUUUGCAAGUAUGCCAAGUGUAGUAAUUUGUUACUGCUAUAUUAAUCUUUACUUUUUUAAACAUAACUUGCAAAGUAUAUAGGCUUUUGAUGAGGACACAGUUGGUUUCUUGGGGAGCAUGUCUCCUGUAGCAUGAAGUUUGUUCUUAGUCUUGUUAGAAAAUGUCAAGCAUUGAACAUGUAACAAUAAAUGAGCAUUUCCUAGAUUGUGUUAUUAUCAAUGGGAAAUCUGUUUAAUAAAUGUCUGUUAAAUUUCAAUGCGGGUUCGUUUUUUAAAAUGUGGGAAAGUGAUAUCUUAACGAUAUGUUGUCUGCGUUAAGCCAGUAAAUUCGAAAAUUAAUAUUCAGUAUAUAAACUGUUUACUUAAAAUAUUUAAAUAAGUUAUUAGCUUUCUAUAAUCUUUUACAUAGAUCCAUAAAUUGGCUGGUAAUUAAUUAAAGAAUUUUUAUUGUAAAAUUCCUAGUUGCUCAGUAAAAACUAAAUUGUUUUUAUCUGUGUCUCAUUGGAAGUUUAAAAUAUAGCUCUGUCCACACUGAAAAAAAUACUGUACUGUAUACCCAUAUAUAGUCAUGAUGUGCCUGUGUAAGGUCAUGAUGUGAUGUCAUCAUUACCAUAUUUAGGCAUGUCACAUGUUUUUGUCAAAUAAAAUAUGAUAGUCUGAAUACGGCUUUAUUGGACUGUUAAAUGGUUAAUUCAUAGUUGUGGGAAGAUUUAAUAAAUAUAUAACUUUAUUAGUACAAGAAUAGUUACGGCAGAAGCAAAAUUGACAAUGGAAGAAAUGAAUAAUGUUAACUUAAUCCGAAUGAGUUGGCAAGAUAAAUUAAAUAUUAUAAGAAGAACAAAAGAUUGAUAUGCUAAUUUUUGUUGCAAGGAGAGCAUGAAUUGAAUUGAAACAUUUGGAUGGUUUUACUGGAUGCCAGAAUAAAUGGUAGUAUGGUGGAAGGUCACUUUUAUUCAUCGAUUGCUAUCUUCCAAUGUAAGCUUUAUUGUUAUGCAUAUAAUAAUGCCAAUUUGGAGCAUUGUCUUGGUGUGUGUUUAUAAUAAUGUAUAUAUGUGAAUUUGUAUGUAAACGAAGGUGCUAUUAUUAGGUUUCAUAAUAUACUUUAAGAUAAUGCUUUCGCUUUAUACAGAAAAUAUUCAUGAUUAGUUCUCCAAAGUAUCUUUAUACCUUGUGUCUGUGUAGGUCAACAACUCAGUACAUGUGUGCUUAAAAUUGGUACUGUAUGUCUUAUAGAAUUUUCUGUAUGCUUAAUAUCAGUACUGUACCUCGGACAGUAUUUCGGUUUAAGAUGGGUACUGCAGUUAGCCAGAAUCCAUGCUUAAGGCUGGGUUCUGCAUUUUAGAGAAUGUAUCUUUUUGCCCAUUGGAUAAUGUCUCGCUUUUAAGGUGUAUGUACGUGUAAGCAUAAUCUACUAUUUCGAAGGUCGCUGGUUCGAUUAAUGAAGCAGACUUUAUUUGUGCCACUUUAAUGCUUUAUGAUUGCUACAAGUAAUAUACACGGUAAAUAUCUUAUGCUUUAGGAUGUGUACUGUACUGUAUGUAAGAGUAUACCUAACUGUAUUUCCAAUGUAUUUGUAUUUUCCAAGUGCAUCUUUGACUACUAAGUACCCUGCCAUUAUGUAAUCUACUAACAUUGUUAUUAGCUGAGUACAGUAGUUAUUUAUUAGCAUUUCACAAUCAGAAACCCUCCACUAGUGCCACAAUAUUAGAAGUGAUUUUUAAAAAAAGUAUAUUUACAAUUGAUGGUGGUUUUAGCAGUAAAUAUUUUGCUAUUGAAACUUGUAGUUGUUAAAAGAGACAAUGAUUUGCCACAUUUUUGUGUAUUUGGCAGCCUUACAGCUCAAAGACUGUUGGUACAGUAUCGAAUAAUAACUUGGACAAUACGUUUGUCUCGCAUUACCAUUUUAACCUAUUUAUGUAAAUUAGAAUAGUGCUCAGUGAUCCAUGGUGGUAAUGAUAGCAAUAGAAAUGGUAAAAAUGAUACCCGAUUCAAAAUUGCAUGCACUAGUAUAGCCCUCCCACUGUAUGUGCUUUGCGGGGUUAUUAUAAAUAGAGUACUAAACAGAUAUCUUCCAAAAAUUGGUACCACAAGUUGAUUUGUUUUGUACUUUUUCUGACAUCUUUAAAAUAAACUAUACAUAGUUUAGCUAAUAAACUUAAUAAAAAUCCAUAUUAAUAUUGUUUGCAUAGUAAGUUGUUAAAUUUCAAAUAAAAAAACAUUGUGAAAAUAUUUUCCUUGGAAAUUGACAGACUCACAAAAAGUACUGUUAUUAUUAUACUCAUUGCAUAGAUCCUUACAUUGGUUAGUAACCAAUUAAGGUUCAUUGUUUAUGGUAAAAGCUCUGUAAAUCAGUGAAAUAAUCCCAUUGGAAGUUUAAAAAGCUAAUAAUUGUUGUAAUUGAAUUUUUGAAGGGGUUUUUUUUUGGACAGACUGUAUGCAUAUCACCUUGUAAAAAGCACACAAAAUUUGUAUUUGUUUUCACAAUAAUCAUUGCACACAAUUAGUGCAAACUAUGUUACAUUUCUGAGUCAUUAAAGACAUUGUCUCGGUAGGCACAAUGUUAUACCGUAGGCCUCACAAAUUUGCAGAUUAUCGAAUAAUGGGGUCUGUCAGGUAUAAUAUACACAGGUCAUGACUACUGUAUGAAGACUUUUUGGUUGUUUCUCAUUUUGUAACGUGCCAUAUUAGUCAAAAGUUUUGUUAGUUCAUGUGUGUAGCUUUAAUUUGAAGUUUUAGUGUAGAUAUGAUAUUAAUUGUGUUGUACUCUAUACUCUAAUAAUCCAGAUUUAAGUAAGAUAUUUUGGAAUACCUACCUUGUAGCUUUGGAAAACUUGAGUUAUUGCUAAUUCUGGUAUAUAUAUAUGUGUGAUAAAUUUGUUUUGUAAUAGUUUAUAUGGUUUAAUCCUGCGUGUGGUACUGGGCAAGUUCAGUCGGAAGCAUAAAUUUCUGCUGUCUAACAUUCAAAAAUUUUAUUUGUGUAUUUAUUUAUUUUCAAUUAUCAAAACUGAUCAGUCUGUUAGUGUUUGAAACACGAAACCCGACAUUGAAUCUAUGAAAUUAGAUGUAGCCUUGUCUGAUGUGAUUGCAAUGUUUUUACUAUAAGUCAUCUGUUUUAAUUUGUUAAUAUAUGUAGCUUUCCUUAUGAAAUGUAUAUUGUUUGUUUUGGGUAAUUCCUUGAAGUAUAAUCAAUAAUUUUUAGUGUAACAAUUUUCUAAAAUUUAGUGUUGUUAUUAGUGUUGUGACAGAUCAGUUAAGAUAUACUGCAUAACCUAAUUGUGUGUUAUUUUAUGACAAGCACCUUUGACCUCAGAGAUAUAUAAAAUUAUGCUCCAGGGUAAGAGUCUAGAACUAAGCACAGAGGAAAACUAAAGUAAUGGUGGACUGAUAGUAGAAAAACAGGGAGGGGGGUGAGGAGGUUGAUGAUUAGGAGCUUAUAAAGUUGAUGCCCCAUAAUAGACCAGUAUUAGAGGCUUCUGUUAAGAUGUUACACACUUUGCCUCUGGCAGAGGAUGUUUAAGAAUAUGAAUAAAAAACCUUUUGCUAUACAGUA